AUUCACCUCACAAAAAACCCUUUCUCCUCCCAUUUCGUUGCAGAAAAAGAGAAAAUCCGAGAAGCUAAGAAAAUUUCCCAGGAAAACAACAAAAAUGCUUCUCAAGGCCGCUUCCGCUUUCUCUCUCUUGAACAUUCAUGGAGAGAAGAAAGACAUCUCUCCUCUCUUCUCUUCCAUUUCGUCCCCGGCUGAUUUCUCUUUGACUCUUCCUGGGUUUUCCGGGAAAUCCGGGAAUCUCUCCUUCACCGCUCGUGCCUCUAAGCCUACCACCACCCAAACGCUAAGCGGCGUCGUUUUCGAGCCGUUUGAAGAGGUGAAGAAGGAACUCGAUCUGGUCCCUUCGGGUCAGCAGCUCUCGCUUGCUCGCCAUUUGUACUCCCCCGAGUGCGAAGCCGCCGUGAAUGAGCAGAUCAACGUUGAAUACAACGUGUCUUAUGUGUAUCACGCGUUGUAUGCUUACUUCGAUCGUGAUAACGUUGCUCUCAAAGGUCUUGCCAAAUUUUUCAAGGAAUCGAGUGUGGAAGAACGAGAGCACGCUGAGAUGUUGAUGGAGUAUCAGAACAAACGUGGUGGGAGGGUGAAGUUACAGCCCAUGGUGAUGCCUCUCUCUGAGUUUGAUCACGCUGAGAAAGGAGAUGCUCUCUAUGCCAUGGAGCUGGCUCUAUCAUUGGAGAAGCUGGUCAAUGAAAAGCUCCUAAUCGUGCACAGUGUGGCUUCGAAGAACGAUGAUGUCCAGUUGGCAGAUUUUAUUGAGAGCGUGUUUUUGAACGAACAGGUUGAAGCGAUUAAGAAAAUCUCGGAAUAUGUCUCUCAGCUCAGAAGACUCGGCAAAGGACAUGGAACAUGGCAUUUCGAUCAGGAACUUCUGGAAGCUGCUGCUGCUUAACCUGUUUUGGUUGUAACCUCUUAUGAACUUCUGCUUAAUCUCUUUUGGUUGUAAUCUCUUAUAAAACUGAUGCUUAAUCCGUUUUGGUUCAGGAAUAUUAUUAUCCUUUAGUUUUAUUUACAUCGGGUGAUUCACAAACCUUUUGAGUCGAGUAACUAUUUCUUUUUGAUAACAUGUUACCAUUAGCGGAACAAAGAAUUGCAAAACUUCAGAAAAU